AUGCAUAAUCAGCCUGAAAUGAAGGCAGUCUCAGUACAGCUUUACAAAUACCUGUGUGACGAGAUAGUUGGUUCUGAAAAAGUUGUCAGGUAUAAACGAUUGUACUGCAAACUUCAUGAUGAUUUAUUAAAUAACAGUGAAAAUGCAUUUAUAAUUAGUGGAAGUAUGGCUGAAGGUUUGACUCUUCCAGGCAGCGAUAUUGAUAUCAUGCUUCUUGAUAAGUUUUGUGAAGUUUACGAAAAUAGACCUUUACAUAAAGAAGAUGUUAUUAUUCUUGAAACUGAAAAUGCAUUACCAGGUUUUGCAUUACUGAAAAAAGCUGAGGAAUUAGAGUUCCCAAUAAAACAUAAUUUCGAUGGUACUCUCAUAGCCUGCAUAGCCAAUAGCGGUAUUUUAGAGAGUCAAUGCGACACGGAAGAUGACGAUGAUGAAUUUUUCGAGGUUCAUGGACCAAAUUGGUCAAGUUCACUAUUACACGAUAUUGACAUGGUGAUCUGUGUUAAGUGUCAAACAUGGCCAACGGUAUCGCACAAAUGGUUAUGUAGAUAUAGAACAUCUGGUUGGCCAUCUCAUGGUAUCAUUCCUAACAUAGUUUCCCAUGGCGUUUUGUUGGUACCGGUUGGAAGCAAGUCACUCAACAGCGAAGGUCAUCCGUUCGAAUGGCGAUUUUCAUUUUCUACUUCGGAAAAACUAUUAGUUUACUCAUUUAAUCAUACUCAGUUGCCUUGCUAUUCGUUGUUGAAAUUAUUUUUAAAAGAAGUAGUCGACGAAGACAAUAUACUUAAUAAAAGACUAUGUUCAUAA